UAGCACAAGGUUUCAUGCAUAUGUUUCUUUACCACGGAAGAGUACUCGCAGUGGACUGUAAAUUCUUGUGAUGCUCGUCUUUGCAUCACAAGCUAAUACAGCUGUAAUACCAGUUCUGCCAUUAUAAACUUUUCAAAACCAAGGGUUUUCAAAGAACUAGCUUCUGGGAAUUUUCUGUGGGAAUCAUAAAGUUAGUUACACUAUAUUGCACUAUUCCUCCCUUACAGAUUCUGGAAGGAGCUGUCAGUUUCUUCUUCUUAUUACUAACGGGACAAUACGUCCGAUUUGACCGGUAAACGUAGAAGAAAUCACUUAAACCAGAAUGCAUCCCUACAAGGAACUCGGCUAUCGCGCGUACUUAUCAGAAAGCCUUUCUCCACGGGAUAUCGCGCUACUUCGCUUGUUCGCCAUUCUGGAAUUGCUACUGGGAUUCACAAUAACGACACUCGAAUCCAUUGCAUACAUGCUCGAGGGAAAUGUCGAGCAUCCGUUCGUAUCCGGGAUGGGGGUGGUCAGUGGCAUUUCCGUCGUCUUCGCCGGUUUGUGUGCCCUGUUGAACUCGCGACGCUGGACUUCGGAUGGGCGAACUCGUUGCAUAGCCAUCAGCCACAUCGCUGUCGGCAUCAUGGCCGCUGUGAACACGCUGUUAAUCUUUAUCAUCCGCUGUAUGAAUCUUCCACUGGUGCCCCUAACGGGAUAUUUCGAUAAUUCCAUGGGGCAGGUACCGCCUGAACAAGACAACCAAUUGCUUAAAGCCCUCCCAUGGUGGGACGAGGAGAACCUCAAAUACGUUUCCCUGGUGUUGUACAUUGUUAGUUUUAUGACCUUGGGAGCGUCCAUUGGCGUGGGAGUGGCGGUGUACCGAACCGUCGCCAGUUGGUUAGCGGAUGCCGGCAAUUCUGAUGGUCACUCGGUGCUGGUCAGUGAAAUGUCCGUGAGCCGCUCGGUUAUCGCUGGCAACGCGGAUGGGGAUAAGGAACGAAAAGCAGCGACAGUCACCAACAUAGAGGCCACGGUCAACGGUCUUUACCGGCGUCUGCAGGAGGAAGACGAGGAGUACUAACGAUAGCAAUCGUACCAUUUUUAUUUGAAGUUUUAAUUAACUGGUAGUGAUAAACCGCCAGAGAUUAUUCGAUGUUCUUCCAAAUUUCCAAAAGGUUUUUAAAUAGUGUUAAUGCAUGUAAGCUGUAGUAGAAUUACUAUUAUUUUAUUGAAUUCACUCUCACCACAUGUACGACAACUUGAUUGUAUUGUAUAAUUAUCUUAUUGCAGUUAAAGGGUCCCGGUAAACAUAUCCGUACAAUAUGUAUUGUACCGAUGCAAGCUACUACCCGUUGUUCAUAAUAUGUUCCGGUCAGUUUACGGUAGUCACCUUCUAAGUGUGGUGCUCAAACUAUUCAAUGUCAAUUUCAGUUAUUCAGUUGCAUGCCAUGCUAC